AUGUCGGAAGCUCCUAUUGUCCUCGACGGCGGAACGGGUUUCCUCAAAGUCGGUUACGCCGCCCAAAACUUUCCCGAAUUCCAAUAUCCUUCCAUUGUCGGCCGACCGAUCCUUCGAACCGAGGAAAAGGGCAGCGACAAUGACGUAGUAAUAAAGGACAUCAUGUGUGGCGACGAGGCCGCCGCGGCCAGAACCAUGCUCCAGAUCAGCUACCCAAUGGAGAAUGGAAUUGUCAAGAAGUGGGAUGACAUGCAACAUCUCUGGGACUACACCUUUUUCGAAAAGAUGAAGGUUGACCCUACUGGGCGCAAGAUUCUCCUGACCGAGCCGCCCAUGAAUCCACUCAAGAACAGGGAGCAAAUGUGUGAGGUCAUGUUUGAUCGCUACGGAUUUGGCGGCGUUUACGUAGCUAUCCAGGCCGUGCUGGCUCUGUAUGCGCAGGGUCUGAGCUCGGGAGUGGUUGUCGACUCUGGUGACGGUGUCACGCACAUUGUGCCCGUCUACGAGUCCGUGGUGCUCAACCACUUGACGCGACGCCUGGAUGUUGCUGGUCGCGAUGUCACGCGCAACCUGAUUGCACUGCUCCUGCGACGCGGCUACGCCCUGAACCGAACUGCCGAUUUUGAGACGGUGCGACAAAUCAAGGAGAAGCUCUGCUACGUCUCCUACGAUCUCGAGCUGGACAAGCGUCUUAGUGAAGACACGACCGUCUUGGUUGAGAGCUACACGUUGCCCGACGGACGUGUCAUUCGUGUUGGCAGCGAGCGUUUCGAAGCCCCUGAAUGUCUCUUUCAACCGCAUCUUGUUGAUUGUGAACAGCCUGGCAUGGCCGAAUUUCUGUUCAACACUAUCCAAGCAGCGGAUGUUGACGUUCGGUCCUCGCUUUUCAAGGCUAUUGUUCUCUCUGGCGGCAGUAGCAUGUAUCCCGGAUUGCCAAGCAGAUUAGAAAAGGAGUUGAAACAGCUGUGGCUCACACGUGUCCUGGGAGGCAACCCCGAGCGUCUCAACAAGUUCAAGGUCAGGAUAGAGGAUCCCCCAAGAAGAAGACACAUGGUUUUCUUGGGUGGUGCAGUUUUGGCAAACAUCAUGGCCGACAAGGAGAGCAUGUGGAUCACCAAGCAGGAGUGGGAGGAACAGGGUACCAGGGUGCUGGAGAAGUUGGGACCACGAUAG